AUGCGGGAUGUUGGAGUCAACGUUUAUGGCGCGAGGGGGGAGAUGGCGGCGGCCAUCGCAGACGCGACCAUGGCGAACUACAUGGAGGCCGUGCAGCAGCGAGGGAGAUUCGUCAUAGCGAUGUCCUGCGGCCCAGAGCUCGAGCUCCUGGCAGAAAGAUUGACCUCGGAGCCGUACGUUUCCUUUGUCGACUGGAAGAAAUGGUUCCUGUUCAUGGUGGACGACCUGUGUGUGGACCUGACCAACGAGAAGAGCAAGUAUAGACAGAUGAACGAAAUCUUCCUCGAGAAAGUGAGGAUCCCCGAGCUCCAAGUCUUCCCUGCGUUCAACUCCGACAUCUUUGCCGACGACAAGGGCAACGUGUGUGAGCAGGCGGCUGUGGAUUACGAGCAGCGGAUGCGAGAAUGUCUCGGAGAGGGAGAGAAGAUCCCGGUGGUCGAUCUUGUUGUGCUGUCAUCGGAUGAGCAUGGGAACGUGGCGUCUUUCGUCAAGGACCAUCCUCUCCUCAGGAACCAAGUGCGCAACUAUGAGCUGACGUGGGGGGCGAUGGGGAAAUAUAAAGAGCUCUCACGCAAUCAGAUAGUGGCACCUUUGUAUGAGUGCGAGGUCAGGGAGGAAGCGAGGCUCACGGAAGGAAUGAAGCACAAGUUGUCACAGAAAGUCUCUAUGACAUUGAGUCUGAUCAACAACGCGCGGGAGAUUUUCCUUACACUGACAGGAGAGGCAUCUGCACCUCUUCUCAAAGAUUACUUUGGAACUUUUCCCGACAAAUCACUUCCGAUUAACAUGAUUGGUAUCAGAACAAGCCCUAAGCUGUUUGUAGAUCAAGACAGCAUGAAAGAUGUCGAGUUAGCACACUUGUUGAAAGGUUUUCAGGUCAAAGAUUAUAGCUACCUGAUUUCUAUCAAGCUUGAAGAGAUGAAAAGUCGGCUUCUUUACUCUGUCUUGAGAAUGUGCUUUACAUGUUCUUUUCUGGUUACAGACGAUGAGAGGGGGUUUGGGGAUGUUGAAGAUUAUCCUUUGCCUGGGAACGUGCUUCGUCGCCGUGAGAAGGCGAAAAUUGAAAGGGUUCACAGCGAACAUGAAGUCAAAUUGUUCGAUCAAGAAUUCACGAUAACAGCGAUGGACCGAAACUUGUCACAAGUCCUGAGCUUGAAAGAUUCAGAGGAUCUGUUGUAUGAUGUCACGACGUUGGACGAAGAGGGUGAUGGAGAGGAUGACAUGUUGGAACAAGCAAUGUUGGAGGAAGAGAUGUUCGAAGAAGAAGAAGUUCCCCCUGAUUACGAUGUUUUGAUUGUUCCUGAUGACUGUAAUCUUGCUACUGCUGUCAGAAAUAUUCAAAACACAAAGAAGCGAAUUUUGUUGAGAUCAGGAGUUCACAGUUGGGAUGGUUCUAUUGUUGUGACGGGAAGCAUACACGUUGCAGGAGCUUACAACUGUGGAAAGUUGACAUUGAUGCAUUCAAAGUUUGACGCAAUUGUACAGAUUGACAACAAGACUGGUGGAACAUUUGACUUCAUCAACUGUCAAUUCCAAAACGAUCUCGGGCGAUGUUUAACGAUCAGUGGAGAUUGUGUUGCAAACAUCAAAAGAUGCACAUUAGGGGCAAACUCAGAUGAAACUCGCGUCCCUGUUUCAUCCUGUUUACAUCUCUACGAUCAGUCGAAGAUCAAUGUUGAAGCCUCCCGAAUUCAAGGAUGUUUGAAUUGUCUUGUUCUUUUGGACAACAGUGAGGCUUCCCUUUCACACUGCGAGUUCGCUGAGAACAACAUCUUUGCGUUGAGCAUGAAAUCGAGGAGCAAGGUGACCAUGACCAACUGCAAUGUUUUGAUGAAUAAUGGAGCAACGCAUCGAUGGAAGAAAGAAAACACAUUCGCAAUCUUCUGGAUUGGGAAGAACAACGAGGUUCAGAUUGUCUUGAGAUAUUGCUUGUUUGCAUGUGAGAAAAGAGAGUUGUGGGCAUCGAGCGGUGCUCCUGCUCAGUUUGUAGAUGAGCUCAACACCUUUGCGAUGUGA